ACACCAGACUCAUUGAGCACAUCAGUUGCAAUGGUGCAGAUCAAAUUCCUUUUCGUGUUCCUGGCUGUGAUGACGAUUGUUGUCCUGGCGGCCAACAUGGCUGAUGCCGAUUGCCUUUCCGGAAAAUACAAGGGUCCUUGUGCCGUCUGGGACAAUGAGAUGUGCCGUCGUAUCUGCAAGGAGGAGGGACACAUCAGUGGCCACUGCAGCCCCAGUCUGAAGUGCUGGUGCGAAGGAUGCUAA